AUGGUUGCAUUUCCUUAUUUUGAUUUAAUCAUCAACUACAAAGGGAAAAUGAGAAGAGUGUAUGAUGUGGACUCAAAUAUGUAUUGUUACAUUGAUGCCUUGAAGGAUGUAAUUGCAACAGUCCUCUCUUACAUUUCUUGUAGCGAAGCAGUAGCAAUCACAUUGCAUUGUGAUAUGCCUGGUACUGACACAAGGAGAUUAAUAGAAAAUGAUUUUGAUGUGCUAGACAUGUUUUAUGUACAAGGUAAGAGUAAAACAAUUAACUUGUAUGUAGACAUAGAAUAUUCUAUUGGAAUGAGUGAUGGUGGACAUAAAAGUGAUGUUGGAAAUAAAAAUGGUGGAGGUGGAAAUCAUGGAGUAGAUGUUGUAGAUGUAGAGCAAGACUACAUUACUUUAGAUGUAGAUGAUAGGGAUUGGAAUGCAACUGUUGAGGAUCAAAACCAAUCAGAUGGCAAUGAGAUUUUGAGUGAUGAUGAUAAUAAGUGCUCAAGUGAAGAUGAUGAUGCUGAAUUUAGUGAUUACCAAUCUGGUGAUGAUGAAGUGGCUUAUUCUACUACUGAUGAUGAUUAUGAUGAUGGAGCAGAUUGUCUAGAUGAUGAAGAUAUGAGGUUUCCAGGCAUGAAGUAUGAUGGUACUUACAAUGGGAAAGAGCCAUAUAUGAAUCAAGAUGGAGAAGUUGUAUUGGAAGAAGGGAUGAUUUUUCCAGAAGUGAAUACUUUCAGGGCUACAUUGAGGGACUAUACAGUGCAAACUGGUUUCAAGAUAGUAAGAGACAAAAAUGAGAAGUCUAGAGUAACAACCCAUUGUGCUGCUGAGGGCUGCUCUUGGAGAAUUCAUGUAUCUCCACUUCCAGAUGGGAUCACCUAUAAGAUUAAAACCUUAGUACCUACUCACACAUGUAGCAGGAUGAACACAAACACUGAAGCUACAUCAGCUUGGAUUGCUAAAAAAAUGGUUGAAAGUUUUAAGGACAAUCCACAUAUGGGCUUAGAUACUAUCCAAGUGAAACUAAAUAAAAUUUUUGGGAUUGAGGCUUCAAGAAUGCAACUGUAUAGAGCUAGAAGGAGGUGCAAGAAGGAGCUGGAGGGUGAUCAUGGAAGCCAAUAUGUGUUGUUGCCAACAUAUGCUGAGGAAAUCAACAAAACAAACCCUGUUAGCUUGGUGGUAAUAAAUUAUGACCUAGACUUACCCUCUACCCCAGUCUCAGAAAAUGGAGAAGAACCAAACCCUACCAUUUAUCAGUAUCCAUUGUUCCAAAAAUUUUUCAUAUCAUUUGAUGCAAUGAAAGCAGGGUUCAUUAAUGGAUGCAGGCCAUUCAUAGGGGUAGAUGGUUGUCACUUGAAGGGUCCCAAUGGUGGUGUUUUAAUUUCAGCAGUUGCCUUGGAUGGAAAUAAUGGCUUGUUUCCAUUGGCAUUGGCAAUAGUAGAGGGUGAAUGCAAGGACAAUUGGUUUUUUUUCUUGCACAACUUGAGAACAAUCAUAGAAAGACCAUGGACCAUCAUGUCUAAUCAACAAAAGGGCCUUGACAAGAUUGUGAGUGACAUUAUACCAGAGGCAACUCAUAGAAGAUGUUGCAUGCACUUACAUAACAAUUUCAAAGCCAAAUUUCCUGGUUUAAUUUUGAGGAAGCAAUUUUGGAGGGCAGCAAGGGCUUACAAUCAGAUAGAGUAUAAUCAAGCUAUGCAAGCCAUUAAGAACCUGAACAAUGAUGAUUUUCAUUGGCUGCAAAAAGUUCCAAUUGAAGGAAGGUCUAGGCAUGCAUUUGAUGGUAGGAUUAGAAGUGAUCACAUCACAAAUAACAUGACAAAGUCCUUCAACGAUUGGUUGGAAAAUUUGAGAAGUCAUCCAAUUUUAACCAUGUUAGAGGGCAUAAGGUGCAAGUUGAUGGGUAAGUUUCAGAUGAGGUACCAAAAGGCAAUGCAAUGGAAAUCUAAUGUCACAUUGAAUGUGAAGAAACAAGAGAGAUAG